GAGUGCGCCUGCGCCUGCGCGGGCGCUCAGUGUAAGAUGGCGGCGGUUGGUGAUGGAGCGGGGUCGGCCGGGUCGGCGCUGCAGGGGUUAAUCCGGCAAUUUACAGCCAUUACAGGUGCCAGUGAAAGUGUGGGGAAGCACAUAUUAGAAGCAUGCAACAACAAUUUGGAGAUGGCUGUCACAAUGUACCUGGAUGGUGGUGGAAUAGCUGAAGAGCCUAGUACCAGCACUGCAGGAACAUCAGCGAGCAGACCACCUGCACAGGACGAAGUCCGAGCACCAAUUCCACAAAAGCAAGAUAUCCUAGUAGAACCUGAGCCUUUGUUUGGGGCUCCAAAACGACGGAGACCUGCACGUUCUAUAUUUGAUGGGUUUCGAGACUUCCAGACCGAAACGAGUGAGUAUUGCUGUUUUAGACAGGAGCAGGAGCUACGGAAUGGUGGUCCAGUGGACAAGAAGCUGACCACAUUGGCAGAUCUCUUCAGACCACCCAUAGACCUUAUGCACAAAGGCAGCUUUGAAACGGCAAAGGAGUCUGGACAGCUGCAGAACAAAUGGUUGAUGGUGAACAUUCAGAAUGUGCAGGAUUUUGCCUGUCAGUGCCUGAACCGUGAUGUUUGGAGCAAUGAAGCAGUGAAAACCGUUAUUCGUGAGCACUUCAUCUUUUGGCAGGUUUAUCAUGAUAGUGAGGAAGGACAAAGAUACGUGCAAUUCUAUCAGCUCUCAGACUUCCCCUAUGUUUCCAUACUAGAUCCUCGUACGGGUCAGAAACUGGUUGAGUGGCGUAACUUAGAUGUAAGUUCCUUCCUGGAGCAGGUGACGGGGUUUUUAACAGAGCAUGGCCUGUUGGAUGGACUCUCCUGCAGCCCACCAAAGAAACGUCAACGUUCAGAGAGUUUGAUUGACGCCAGUGAGGACAGUCAGCUGGAAGCAGCGAUCAAGGCAUCUCUACAAGAGACGCACUACGAAUCGUCUAGCCCUGAAAACGAGGACCAGUCAGAUGAGGAAUCGGAGGCAGAAGCUUUCUCAGACAGUGAGGGCUUCAUUUCCAUCAAUGGAUCAGAUGACGAGAGGGAAGAGGAGACGAAUACAAAAAAGAAAACUCCACCUCACAAGGAUCUAAGCUGUAAACAGACGUGUGUAGAAUUACCUGAAAGGACUGAGACAGGAAAAGAUACUGGUUUGGAAUUUUCCUGCAAGGACAGUUCUGAGAGAAUACAGUCAGUGGCAGAUGCAGAAGCCUCAAUGAUGCAACAAGAGAUAGAAGAUGAGACAGAGUUUUUUGAUACCAGUGGACCAAAGGCAAGUCUGAUGUUGCGAUACCCAAAUGGACAAAGGGAACAGAUUGCACUCCCAGCUCAAGCAAAGUUAUUGGCACUGGUAAAACACAUCCAGUCGAAAGGAUACCCCAAUGAACGAUUUGAACUGGUCACCAACUUUCCACGCAGAAAGCUUUCCCACUUGGACUAUGAAAUUACACUACAGGAAGCUGGGUUGUGUCCUCAGGAAACUGUAUUUGUUCAGGAAAGAAAUUAAUGUGGGAUUGAAAAGAUUUUAUACAAGUGUUGGAAGAUCGGACAUGUUGGAAACAGCAAUCAGCUGACUUCAGUCCAAACAAAAAUAAAAAGUCACCCUUUUACUGGACCUACUGAGGCCACUGACACACAAAUCGCAAAAGGAAGAUUCAAAUCCGUGUUCACCUCUUAAAACUUUUUGAUUCCAAAAAAAAACAUUUUUACUGGACCAGAGAAGACUGUAUGUGAUUUUUUUGGUUAAUAAAUACCCAUCAUUCUAUGCUUGUGCUGUUACCUUUGGCUCAAUCAGGCAAUGGUACGGUUUUUUUUUCAAUCUACAUCUGGCUUUGGCAAUACUGAAGUGCCAUAACCAAAAUUCAGAAGAGCCUUGUAUGAAGCUGGAGUAUUUUGCAUUUGUUCUGUUGCUCUCUGUAACUGCCAGGCGGAAGCAGUUCCCCCCACAAAAGCCAGAUGAUAAAUGUUUUGACACCAAAAGCUGGAGAAACCACGGGGAAUGGUUUGGGUAGACCAACUGUCAUCUGAUCAGAUUUGACUUUUUUGUCUCUUGGUAGUGUUACUUGUUUAGGCUGUAAGUAUGUGGUAGGAAUUUACUGUUGUUCUCUGUGAUGUAUCUUCAAUUGCCCUAAUGUCAUCCUACAACAGAGUUGCGGGCCUGUGUUGAAACUCAUCAGCUCAUUACUGUGGGUGAAAGGUUUGCAGCAAUCCUUGGUUCUUUGAUGCUGACCUGGAGUUCAGGUAGGUCUCCUUUUCCAGAGUCUGCACAAUGGGACAAACUGCUGUAAAGUGCAAGUAAUGGCUUAUGUACACAUUUCCAGGAUCUUUUGCAGUAAAAUCAUUUAGAGAAUUAUAAACAAAAUCCCUAGUUGCCUAACACAAUCUCUGAGGGAAUCAAAACUCAACCCAAGGCCCCCAACAGUAAAGAGUCUAGGGGUCUACAGUCAAGAGGGUUCUAGUCAGUAAACUGAGAAAAUAAGAUCAGUUCUGAGGGAAUCUACACAGUCAUACAAUCGAUGAUAGAAGAAAACCUGGUAUGGAUUCUACACACAAUCUCUAACAGUUUAAAAAAAUGAAGGAUUCUACUUCAGUCUGUUUUGCUGACAGACUGGCUAUCUGUGACAGAUUCUACAACUUUCUGACAUUGAGAGCUCUUAGCGAUUUGACACAUCAUCUUUUUGAAGCCCUGUCAUAAGAGGCAUGGUAUUCUACACACAGGUCUAGGGUCCCAAGGGUAAGAUCUGUAGUAUCAAGAUCCUUAAGGCAAGACCAGUUCAGAUUGCAGAUCUGUAUGGUGGUCAUCUCGCUCACAGUAUUGACAACUGAGGAGUGCAAUUGCUUCGUCUGGAUCCAAGGACUCUUAACCGUAAGAGUUUAGGGUUUUAGACCGGCUCAUUUCCCCAACUAUAAAGGUGGGAUUCUGCAUAAAGUGCUGGAGUUCAUGACUAAGAACAGCGCUAUGGGAUUUGACAUACAAGCCCAAUGAUCCAUGUUUUGGACAGUGAAACUAGAUGAGAGACGGAACUUUUUAUUGGAAAAAAAAGUUUACGUUUCAGAUGUGACCCUUCGUCAGAACAGGUUGAUUUCACAUUUAUAGAUUUAAUCUCCACUCAGAUGCUGCACAGAUCUGGGAUCCCGUAUAUUGUUUGGUGGUGAGAAGUGGUAUGCUUUAUCACGUUAAAAUGGGCCCUGUGAGUGCAUGUGCACUAACGCCAUGCGCACACAUUUGUCAUGCUGGAAAGGAGCUCUGUAAUGUUUGACUUGAAAAUGGGCUUGUGUAUACAUUUGUCAUGUUUGAAAUGAGCUUUCCAUGUUUUGUCAUGUUGGAAAUGGGAAGUGUUUACAGUUGUGACCAUUCUACCAAUUUUGUUGAAAUGAGGGCAUCUGCUCUCCAUCUCGUCACCAGACAGGAGAAUGUAGCAGGACAGCCCAUUGACAUUCCACUGAGAAAAGCAAUUCUAUAUUUUGUUGGCAGUGGUGUAGUUUGUCCGUAUCCAUUCCAUUGCUAACAGCUCCACCAAGGACAGACGACCCACAUUAAACAGGACAAAUUGAGGAAAAUAAGGGACAAAACAAUACCCAUUUUUAAAUCUAUACAUGGUAUAAUAAAAUGUAGAAAAUGGUAGUUCUUAUAUAAAAGCUACUUUGGUAAUAUUUUGUGAAUGUAGAGACAAGAGAGGAUGUAAUGUGUUGGGCAGCCACCAAAUGUCUUGUGUCUACAGACUGCCUACUUUGCAAGCCUCCCCUAACCUCUGUUCUGGUUACAACUGCACCAAAUGAUGAGAAUAAGCCUGUUCUGAAUCUUGUUCCUGUAAUUAUUUUGUGAAACUAGAACAAAGGGUUACAUAAGCAGCAUUGUGAAACACUGCUUCACCAAGAUCUGGGCGUUAAUUCUUCAUUGAAUUUCUAAAAAAAAAUUAAAAUCAUGUCAUACAAUAUCACUGAUGCUGCUCAGUUAAUACUGCUUCAGUUAUUAAUGUGUUUGGAAUGUGAGAUUGUGCCCAUAUAUAGAUUCUGUAGAUGAGCUGGGUAUUUCUCUUCGGAGAUUGAUCAGUCGCAUACGUUUGACCUUUUUUGACUGAGCGAGUCAGUAAACUGCUGGAUAAAAUUUGGGAAGAACAUUGCAGGAUUACAUGAACUAGUGUCACAUUUUGUAAACCUCAAUCAAUAAAAUUUAUAGUUUGCUUUUUAA